UGUUGUUUAGCAAGCAGACUGGCCUGACCUACUUCAGCUUAAUUUCUAUAUGUUUCCCUCUCUUUCUCUCUCUCUCUCUCUCUCUCUCUCUCUGAAGUAGGAUAAUGUUCACCCCUACACCCCUGAAAGCAAUUAAGUCAUAUCCCAUCUCUGGCUCACUCGUCUUCUUAUCCCUGCUAACUCUUUACACUUCUCUUUCUCUCCUCUGGUAUUCCCUCAGCUUUUCCACUCUUCUCCCAUUCCUUAUUUUUCCUUAUUAUCUUCUUCUUCUGGACUCUAUAUUCUUUUCUUUUUAUCUGGUUGGUCUUUUGGUCAGUGUUCUUUUUGUUGCAUGUGGGUCUCCUGCGUUCUUCACCAUGAGUCCUGGGAUUCCACGGUCAGAAGAAAAGACAAAGAGGUCGAUUGAUGGCAGUCUGGAUCACAGUUUGGGACGGGGUGUUGAGGCGGAUGGUCCACCCCCGCUCAAGAAUUACAUCAUUUUGACUAUUUUCACCUGCUUCUGUCCAGCAUGGCCCAUCAAUAUUGUGGCUUUGGCCUUCUCUAUGAUGUCUCAGAGCAGUUACGAUAACGAGGAUUACGACGGUUCUCAACGACUGGGGAGGAAGGCCCUGCACAUGGGCAUUGCAUCUUUAAUCAUUGGCCUACUCAUCAUCACGGUCUUCAGCAUCGUACACUUCACCACGAAUCCAAACUGAUGGCUAACGAGAAGCUUUAAAAGGAUUAUUUAUCUCCAUGUCCAUGUGCUUUGGUGGACUGACAGCAGGAAGAUGGACAGCGCUGCCCUCCAUCAUGCUAAUGCUAAGGACACACCGCGGGCUAGCACACUACAGCAGUCAUGGCUAAAUUGGCAUUCUUUCUUUUUUAAUUUUACGAAGUCUUAUGCUCUUAUGAAUGUAAAUUAUGCGACAGAGGAGCAACUGGAGAAGCGAAAUAAUCUGUUUUAUGUGUCUUAAUUAUCUAACUUAGCCUGUGUUUACUAGUCUAGUGCACUACAUAUUUCAAUUACAGUUAAUGUACAGUUGACACUACCUGUGAAAUGUUUUGGUGCACCUUGCUUAGAUUUAUAAUGCUGAUAUGUUGCUUUAACCUUCAAAAAGGUGAAAAAAAAAAUGUUUAGUGGUCAUAAAGCAGAUGUUUGCUAAUUCUAUGGGUUAAUUGAUCUUGGUAUGAUAAGCAUGUCCUGCCAAAGUAAUGAUUUGACAGAUUUCUUUUUGAAAUAUUUAAAAUAUUUUGUCUCUCUUAGUUAAGUUAUUGAAAAUCCAACUAAAAAAACAGGAUUGUUUAUUUUAAAGGGCCCAUAGCAUGGAAAGCUGAAAUGCCAAGUUUGAUGUAGUGUAUAAAAAUUGUUUAUGUUUCAAAUGUUUAAUUGUUAAAGUGUUAUGUAUUCACUCCACACUUCAUACAAUCCAUUUACAGAAACUAAACUGCUAAAACAGCCAGUAUAUAAUACACAGUUUUGUAUGAUUCAGCAUUGUCAGAAAAACAAUGCUGACUGAAGUACAAUAGGGGGCAGCUAAUUAGAAAAUAUAUCAGAGCUUAUUUACAUAUAACUAUCCUAAGAGAUGAAGAAAUGUUGGAAAAUGGUCAUACAAAAUGUAUUGCAAGGAAAAUGUAGAAUUUAGACUGUAAAAGCUAGGUGUCCAAAACUUUUUUCUUAGGCAUUAAGCAAACUUUUUACUCCCUUAAGCUCUAAAGGCGUGUAUGUAAGCACUUACUUCCCUUACCUUUUAAAAUACACAAAUUACAGAUUGGAAUAAUAAAUAGUGGAUAUGAACGAAUUUACAGUAGACACGGAACAAUUCAUAGUAGCUAAUGAAUAAUAAAACUAGAUCCUUGAAAAUUAAUAGUAGAUACAAAAUAUUUCAUAGAUAUAUAGGAUACCAAAUAAUACAUAGAGGAUACUGAACAACUGAUGUUAGAUAAAGAAUAAUGCAUGGUAUAUACUGAAUAAUUCAUUGUAUUUUCUGAAUAAUAAACCCUAAGGUAAAAUAAAUCUAGGUCUAAUAACAAAAAAAUAAACAAGGUUUAACAGCAAACAAUGUUGUAAAUAAAAUAUGUGAAAAGUUUACUUAAUACACAAAAUAACUUAGAAUUUAAGUUCACAUGGUUUGAAGAAACGUUACAGAGUCUUAAAGCACUUGUGUUCAUGUAACACCUGCAAUUACUUAUCACAUUUUCUUAAUGUAUAUUCAAAAUGUGCAGCUUCUACACAAGUUAACGUAUGUUAAAAAUGAGCUCCAACAACCAUUUUUGGAUUUUAUUUGUGAAAUCUCCUGUUUAACCAUGAGGGAUACAGUAAUUCAACUCUUUUUUUGAUAAAAACACUGAUAGCAGAUCAUAUGUAUGUACAGAAAUGAUGCCUAUGUGUGUGUCUGUGAUUUUUUUUAACAUGUAACAGAUGUGAAUAAAAUUGUAUUAAAAGUAAA